GAUCAUAGUCCGCAUCCGUCGGUUAGCCUUGCAUACGAUGUGAACUCCGCCGUGGCCAUGUCUCAUGCACGCGAAUCAGAAGCCCGUCUGCCUCGCUCAUCACGUCUGAUGGGCCACUCCUCGUCGUGGACAGCAUGCCAGGGCCUGUCAUCGCCGAUGAGUUUUCUUAUUCAUGCUUCUCGGGGUUGCCGACUCGCGGGUUCUCUCUUGGGCCGCCCUUAUGAUGCCGCUGACCAGACCUAUAAAGACCGUGUCUGGGAUAUCCUCUCCUUAUUUUCCUUCCAUCCCCCUCGUGCACAUGCUUUCUCAUGUGCAUCCUUGCUUCUCGUGUAUAUUCCUGUUCACUCCCUCUGAGUCCUUCUUAGCCUGUGUACUGUAUACUGGCUUCGAUUUGGUUUAUUUUGUGUUUGGUUUCCCCGCAUUCGAUAAGUCGCUGUUCGCAUUCCUCGGUUGUCGGCUUGGCUCCAGACGUUUUCAUCCCAGGCGUUGGGCCUAUUGGACCACGACUUGUAUACUAUAGUACGAAAUGUCGGGAGCAAAUAACCACUCCAUCGUGAACGGCAUCGGGAAUACAGUUUCCCAGGUCGAGAAGGUUGUCUCUGCCUCAUUGCGACCCUUGCCCACAGCAACAGGCAAUGGGACCUACAUCACGGAGCCAAGCCAGACAGGGCUUGUUCGCGAUCUUAGCCAUGU